AAUCCCUUUGCACGUAAUUCUUUGUAUGUCAUCAGAGUUAGUGAAGUGAGUUUGUGUGUUGUACAGAACUUUAUUAUGUUCCGGUUAUUAUUAUAUUGUCUCGUUUUUAAUCUCUUUGGAAAAUCACAAUCUUCCAAUGACAACAGUACAACUCCACUGCACAACGUCACUACACCACCACACACACCACCACCACACACACCACCACAUAACUCCACACUACACCACACACCACCAGAUAACACCACACCACACCGUGCCGAACCACAUCAUACUAGUACAGCAGCUCCUACACAGCCGCAUCCGUCGCCUACACACGCUGUAUCUUCGGUUCCUAUUACUUUCCCAACAGUGACUACAAGCAAAGCAACCCAGCCGGUAUCAGCAACCAUACAGUCAACGAUUCCGCCAACCACAGAGCAAACGACCGCGGUGACGGCGGUUCCAACUGAUAAACCUAGACCCAUAACUUUAACUGUGAUACCAGACAUACAUCAAAUCGAAGAGGAGAAUCAUAAUCAUCUGACGUGUACCAUAUCUGGUACAAAUUUGCCCAAGAUUAAACCUUACAAAUUGUGUUGGUACACGCAAGGUGAUGGUGGUAAAAAUAAUAUGAUAAUUCAUAAGAAUAAUGCUCAAUCCAUUACAAUUGUCUUGACCAAGUCUUUUUUUCGUAAAUAUCAAGAAUCUGUCGUAUACUGUGCUGUAGUCUUCUAUCAACGAAGUCCAACGCACUAUUGGAUGAUCAAAACGCAUUAUGUCCAACUAAACGCUGCUAAGUCUAAAAGUGAUACUCAGGCGACAAAUCAUCUGGUCAUAGUGUCUAUAACAGGAGUAGUGGGUGCGCUUCUACUAGGUCUUAUGGCUGGUUUCCUCAUCAAACGUUUCCGGAACGCCAAAACGAGAACACCGCACAUAUCAGAGGAACCAUCGAUGUCUGCUCAAGACAAUGUUUACUCCUACGUGCCUCUUGAAACUGUUUCCUUCUACCAGGCCAAAGCCUUGGCUGCUUCAAAUACACCUAAGAGUAUGGAAUCAGUCGGUCCUCCUCCAUUACCUGAACGACCACGUCAAGAAAGAACUAUCAAUGAAGAAGAAGAAUAUAUUUAUUCUUACGCUUAUGGCAUCAAGACUCCACAGAGUUAUAAUCCUUAAAAAAUACUUUGCAAUUUUAAAAGAAGCCCCAGAGUCGAUUCCCGAUUCAAGUAAAGAAAUGAUCUCUAAUAUAUAGGUCUGGGUGAAAGUUACUCUACUUUAUUGCAGUGAAGCAUUGAGAUGGUGUAAGUUGUGAUCACUUGCACUUGUAUUAUAAGUACAUGUAUACUUUUCGAACGGUUAAAAUCUGUCCCACACCGGACACUGCAUUAAAAAAUCUCAUUCUCGUGUGCGGCCUAACGCGAAAGAGAGUGUUUCUUCGUCGGAAUCCAUUUUCUAUUCACGCCUACCGCGUGCGAGACACAAGUUAAAAUUCUUUGUUUAAGAAUUUUGACUAAAAUUGACAAAUAUUUCUUAUAUUUUUUACUUAUUUUGCGUAUUUUAUUCAUCCGAGUUAUUAUUUUGUUCACUCAUACAUGUUAACACUAACUGUCUCUAAAUAAGCUGUCAAUAGUCCUUUUCUUAUUGGCCGGGUUAAGACAAUGACAGGUGUCUGCUCGAAUCCGUCCCAAUAUAAGGUUUUUCCUUAAAGACGUAUUAUUUACUAGCCCUUGUCGGAAUGUACCAAACCUAUGCAUGAAAAGUAUGGUUAUAGGUAUAUCGCGGUCUUCUCUUUACUCGUGACUACAAGCGUGUAAAAGGGUAUAGCGAGGUAAGGAAGACGAAAUGGCCCCCACGGCCCAUGACGGAAUUGUCAUUUGUACUGGUAUUGGCACUCUUUUCGACAGAAUUUCAGCAGGACGUAAAAUGCGAGAUAGAUAUCUCGCAUGAGUUAAAUAAUACAAUUAUUACACUUGCGACAUAUGAAAAUCGACUUGCGAAAAUCGUAUUCUAGGCAAAAGAAAACCCAUUUAUGCAAACCAUUUACAAUCUGUACUACGAACGGGUUUAUAGUUGAUUUUGCUACAAAUACCAGUUCCGUUAGUAAUUCAAAAAUAAAUCAUUAUAUUUGCAUUUAUCAGUACUAAUUAAAUAAAUAAAGAAAUAGGAUUUAAAUGUAAUAAAAUAAUUAUACAGGGUGUUAGUGGCAGCGUAACGAAAACGGAAAAUCCACGAGCUGAAUCAUUCCCCUCAGUAUUCGUUACGAUGUCACUAACACAUAUGUACUCUAAUUCUAUAUUAUUUUCUACUAGGUUUAAGAUAGAAUCAAUUUAUUUUUUGAGCCUCUUUUUGAAUAAGAAUUUACUUAUUUUAGGAUAGGCUUUGUGAUUUAAUAUUUUACUACAUUUUCUGUGGACUCAUGAAAUAGUAUUUGGAGUUACAAUGAAUAUUUUAUCCGCCAAAUCAAAUGUGAAUUAUGAUAGUACUCGUGAAGCCCCACGGAUAAAGGUCAAAUAAAAUAAACUGUGUUAAAGUUG